UUGCUUCGAAUCAAGCAACGAUUUGGCUAAAGAAGUUUGUACUACAAGAGAUGGACUCUUGGCUGCAAAUUCUUGUUCUCGUGGCAUGCAUCAUGCCAGCCGUGGUCGUCGAGGGCAGCGUUCGGAACUACACAUUCAAUGUGAUAAUGAAGAAUACGACGAGGCUGUGUUCGAGCAAGCCUAUCAUGACCGUGAACGGGAGGUUUCCAGGACCCACUCUCUACGCUAGAGAAGACGACACCGUGCUCGUGAGGGUCGCCAACCGUGUCAAAUACAAUGUCACCAUCCACUGGCACGGCAUCCGGCAGCUGAGGACGGGGUGGGCCGACGGACCGGCGUACAUCACCCAAUGCCCAAUCCAGCCGGGCCAAAGCUAUGUGUACAACUUCACCAUCACGGGCCAACGGGGCACUCUCCUUUGGCACGCACACAUACUUUGGCUCAGGGCAACCCUGCACGGAGCCAUCGUCAUCCUGCCCAAGCAUGGCGUUCCAUACCCUUUCCCCAAACCCCACAAGGAAGUCGUGGUCGUAUUGGGCGAAUGGUGGAAGUCCGAUACCGAAGCUGUGAUCAAUGAGGCCAUCAAGUCUGGAUUGGGGCCAAACGUCUCUGAUGCUCACACAAUCAAUGGCCAUCCCGGGCCGAUUUCCAAUUGCCCUUCCCAGGGUGGAUUCACAUUGCCUGUUGAGAGUGGCAAGAGCUACAUGCUCCGAAUCAUCAAUGCUGCGCUCAAUGAGGAGCUCUUCUUCAAGAUCGCCGGGCAUCAGCUGACCGUCGUGGAGGUCGACGCCACCUACAUCAAGCCUUUCAAGACUGACACGAUCAUGAUCGCUCCGGGCCAAACCACCAACGCCCUCGUCUCCGCCAACCAGAAUUCGGGCAAGUACUUGGUCGCCGUCUCCCCUUUCAUGGACUCCCCAAUCGCCGUCGAUAACAUGACCGCGACCGCCACAUUACACUACUCCGGCACGCUCGCUGCAACCUCGACGACCCUCACCAAGACUCCCCCACAAAACGCCACCGCGGUGGCCAACAAUUUCAUUAACUCCCUCCGGAGCCUCAACUCGAAGAGGUACCCUGCCAAAGUCCCGCUCACCGUCGAUCACAGCCUCCUUUUCACGGUUGGGCUAGGAAUCAACCCUUGCCCUUCGUGCAAGGCUGGCAAUGGAAGCAGAGUCGUGGCAAGCAUGAACAACGUGACAUUCGUGAUGCCGACAACAGCCCUUCUCCAAGCGCAUUUCUUCAACAUAAGCGGGGUCUUCACGAGCGAUUUCCCUGGUAACCCGCCGACUGUUUUCAACUACACGGGGACGCCGCCAUCAAAUUUGCGAACCACAACAGGAACCAAGGUGUACCGGUUGCAAUACAACUCGACUGUCCAGCUCGUGUUGCAAGACACUGGGAUCCUCACCCUGGAGAACCACCCGAUUCAUCUCCAUGGGUUCAAUUUCUUCGCGGUCGGGAAGGGGUUAGGGAACUAUAACCCGAAAACGGAUCAGAAGAACUUCAAUCUUCUUGAUCCUGUUGAGAGGAACACAAUAGGAGUACCAUCUGGUGGAUGGGUUGCAAUCAGAUUCAGAGCAGAUAAUCCCGGCGUUUGGUUCAUGCAUUGUCAUCUGGAAAUUCACACGACCUGGGGACUCAAGAUGGCCUUUCUGGUGGACAACGGGAAAGGCCCGAACGAGUCGCUUCUACCACCUCCAAGCGAUCUUCCGAAGUGUUGAUCCGAGAGGAAUAAUUCGAUCAUCGAGCACGCAGAAGCUUGAGAUGAAGAGUAAUGUGGAGAGAAAGAAGAGCCUGACCACAAAGGACAAGGCAUAUAUAGGUGGUUUUGACCUAGUAGAAUGAAGAUCAGAAUUGUUUCUUGAGCAAAGUAGGAAGAAUAUUGCUCAAGCAUGUUGAUUUUUUGUUUUUUUUCUUUUAAGUCCAGUCCUUGUUUUGAUUUCAAUUUUAGUGUUUCGUUGAGAAAUUAUUUUAAUCAGAGGGGUGCUGCAAAAUUUUUUCU